AUAAAAUCCAAACACCCAAUUCUUGCUGUUUCUGUCUCCCCUACUACUGCAUUCAGGUGCCAACCUCUAUCUCUGCUCUCCCCACUUGAGAAUUCCGAUCAAAAUAUUACCUUUUUCACCUUAAAACCCCCACAAUCAGUUGAUAUGGGUUUCGAUAGAAAAGAGUACGAGUUCCUGGAUGCGAUCGGCUUGACUUCCAGUAAUCUGGGGUGUUUUGUUAAUGGCACCUGGAAAGGAAAUGGCCCUGUGGUUUCUUCAAUAAAUCCUGCCAACAACCAGAAAAUUGCUGAGGUUAGUGAGGCUUCCAUCCAAGAUUAUGAGGAAGGCAUGCAAGCUUGCAGUGAAGCAGCUAAGAUUUGGAUGCAAGUUCCUGCCCCCAAAAGGGGUGAGAUUGUUCGACAAAUAGGUGAUGCACUGAGAGCCAAACUCCAGCAGCUUGGUCGCCUUGUCUCACUGGAGAUGGGAAAAAUUCUUCCUGAAGGAAUUGGAGAAGUUCAAGAAAUUAUUGACAUGUGUGAUUUUGCUGUGGGAUUAAGCAGGCAAUUGAAUGGAUCAGUAAUACCUUCAGAACGUCCAAAUCACAUGAUGCUGGAGAUGUGGAAUCCUCUUGGAAUAGUUGGUGUAAUUACAGCAUUUAAUUUCCCUUGUGCUGUUCUUGGAGAAAUUUAUGCAUUGUAUUAUUCUUCCACAGGAUGGAAUGCUUGCAUAGCACUGGUCUGUGGCAACUGUGUUGUCUGGAAAGGAGCUCCAACCACUCCUUUGGUUACCAUAGCAAUGACAAAGCUUGUGGCUGGUGUUUUGGAAAAGAAUAACUUACCAGGUGCAAUUUUCACUGCAUUUUGUGGUGGUGCUGAAAUUGGUGAAGCAAUAGCAAAAGAUACACGUAUUCCUCUAGUUUCAUUCACUGGGAGCUCAAAGGUGGGAUUAAAGGUGCAACAAACCGUAAGUGAGAGAUUUGGUAAAUGUCUGCUUGAACUAAGUGGAAACAAUGCUAUAAUUGUGAUGGAUGAUGCAGACAUUCAACUAGCUGUUCGAUCAGUGUUAUUUGCUGCUGUUGGUACUGCUGGGCAGCGCUGCACAACAUGCCGUAGGCUGCUUCUUCAUGAGAGUAUAUACCAAAGAGUACUUGACCAGCUGCUUGAUGUCUACAAACAAGUUAAAAUAGGGGAUCCGUUAGAAAAAGGCACCUUGCUCGGGCCACUGCAUACUUCUCAAUCGAGGAUGAACUAUGAGAAAGGAAUAGAAACCAUCAAGUCACAGGGAGGGAAAAUCCUUACAGGCGGUGCAAUAAUAGAAUUGGAUGGAAAUUUUGUGGAACCCACAAUCGUUGAAAUUUCUCCAGAUGCAGAUGUUGUUAAAGAAGAGUUGUUUGCCCCUGUUCUUUUUGUUAUGAAAUUCCAGACUUUGAAAGAAGCAAUUGAAAUAAACAACUCUGUACCUCAAGGACUUAGCAGUUCUAUCUUUACACGGAACCCUGAAGUAAUCUUCAAGUGGAUAGGGCCUCAAGGAAGUGACUGUGGUAUUGUAAAUGUUAACAUACCAACAAAUGGUGCCGAAAUUGGUGGUGCUUUUGGUGGUGAAAAGGCUACAGGAGGUGGCCGUGAAGCUGGAAGCGACUCUUGGAAACAGUAUAUGCGACGCUCAACUUGCACAAUCAAUUAUGGAAACGAGUUACCACUGGCACAAGGAAUCAACUUUGGCUAAGGAUUCCUCAAGGCAGAUUAGUCUGUUUCUUACAUCAUCUGCAAUAAUAACAUUGCUGGCCUUGUUAGCUCUUAAUCUCUGAGCAGGGGUUGGUCUUCAACCUCAAGUCACCUAAAAUAAGUACAAUAGAAGAUAAAAUAAAGAAAGAUUCGCGUCUACUCUAGCUAAUACUUGAUGUUAAUCUAUGAUGUUAAUCUAUGAAUUAUGUGAUGUUAUACCUUCAAGCUAUUUGAUUUGAGGAAGGAAAUAAGAUUUGUUAUUUGCAUCUACGGCCCUGGCACCUCUGUUGCACAAUUUUCUUGAGGACACAACUGAAGAUCUCUAUUCCACCUUUCUUGUUCCAAAUAACGCACUGAGUCUUGACUGACACCAUAUCUUUACCUCAAAAAGAUUGCUUAUGCUUAACAUUUCUCAUGAUGCAAGAGUACCAAUCUAGAAACCUAAUCCCUAAAGAUAGAUGAAAUGAUUCAAGUGUUUAUUAGAAACCACAUCUCUCGAGAUAUAAGCAACAGUCCUUACUUCGCAAUUAUUGUCUUUUUUUG